AUGCAGAGAAGCCAAUCCUUUUCAGAAAUUCAAUCAUUAAAUAAUUAAGUUAAAUUACAGGAUUUCGUUUAAUAAUCCCCAAAUUAGAUUGAAAAUCAAAUAAAAGAAUCUCAGUUCAUCUUUCAAUAAAGCUUUGUAAAUUAAACAUAAGUAUGUCAUACGCCUUUAGAAAAAUACAAAAAUUCUUCCUUAGGAAACACAAUAAUCAAAUAGGGAGUGAUCCAUGUUAAAAUAAAUACAGGAAGUUAUAAGAAAUCUACACUCUAAUUAACGAUAGAAAAAUUAGUAAUUUUGGAGGAUAAAUAAUGGAGCUUGGUGUUUAAUUUAAAAUAUUUAGCAUUUAAUUUGAUUUAAUGUAAUAAAAAUUCAUUAAGACUAAUUAAAAUUGAAUUUCACAAACUGAAUAAAGUAAUCUUCCUGAAAUUUAAUGAUGAAAUCGAAGGGAAAUUGUGGUUUUAAUGUUUAAAGAUGAUAGAUGAAAAGUUCAGAAACAAUUAUAGAAAAUUGAUUAUCAAAGAUAUGUAUUUUGGUGCAAAUUUUGUGACUGAAAAUGAAUUUCUUGAUUGGGCAGAAACAGGCGAUAUAUUGCUCUUUGAAACUGAUCAUUAUUUGGCUAAGAUACAGAGAGCAAUCACAAGUUCUAAUUUUGAUCAUGUUGGAUUGAUAAUUCGAAAAUAGGAACAUAAAGAAAUCCUAGUAGUGGAUGUUAAAAAUAAUAUUGGAGUCGACUUUGAAUUUUGGAAAUUCUUUCUUCAAAAAAAUACUCAUUUUAAAAAAAUCUGUUAUAGAAAGCUAUUGAACAUUGAGAGAGGGUAUAUAGAUCAAAGAAUUUAAGAAUUUAUUGAUAAAGUUUAUGGUUAGGAAUUUUAAUUGAACAUUAUGAAGAUGUUACAAUAACAAAGUGACGGGUUGAUCAACAAAGGGUAUUUUUGCAGUGAAUUGAUUGCAAAGGCGUAUAAAUAUUGUCAACUCUUGCCUCAACAAAAGGCUAGUUCUCAAUAUUGGCCAGUGACAUUUUCAAAAUAAAUAAAUUUAUUAAACAAAGCAGAACUGAGCCAACCUAUGAUGAUUUUAUUAGAUAAUGAUAUUAAUUAUUAAUUAUGA